AUGAAUUACGACCAGCUAUCUACCCCAUCAAAGUGUCUAGCCGACUUCAAUCUGGUUCCCAUUGGGACCGGAGAGGCCUCUAUUUCCGGGGAACUUGAAGAGGUAGUGCGACUUCUCCGACACUUUGGGGUCAAGUAUACAAUGCAGACAACGGGAACAGUACUUGAGGGUACUUGGGAUGAAGUCAUGAAUGCGAUUGGCAAGGCCCAUGCUGCUGUACACCAACGCGGUGUGGCAAAAGUUCAGUCAGAAAUCAGGAUAGGAACAAGAACCGAUAAAGCAGAAGGAGAACACGCCGCCGUCGGCAAACCAGAGUAA